CCGGCCGCCCGCGCCUGCCCCGCCGCGCAGCCUUCGCGCCGCGGCGGCCCAGAGCGCGGCUGCGGCGGGCGCGGGCGGCGGCGCCCCCCUCCUGCUCUGCCCUGCACCGGCUUUGUCCUGUCCGGGGCCCCAGGCCGCCGCCCGCACAGUGAGUCUCCCGGCCGGGCCGCCGCCCCCUUCCUGCCCCCGGCGCCCGCACGCGCAGAUGCGGAAGCUGAGACCCAGAGUGGCCGGGGGCGCGCCACACUAGGAUCGGGCACCGCAGGUGCCGAAGCGGGGUACCCGCCGCCGCCCAGCAUGCCGUGGGACGCGCAGCGGCCCGGGGGCGCGGACGGUGGGCCCGAGGGCGCGGGCGCGGCGCGCUGGCGGGCGCAGAAGCAGUGCCGCAAGUCGUCCUUUGCCUUCUACCAGGCGGUGCGUGACCUGCUGCCCGUGUGGCUGCUCGAGGACAUGCGCGCCACCGAGGCCUUCCACUGGGACGAGCGCGGCCGCGCGGCCGCCUACUCGCCGUCCGAGGCGCUGCUCUACGCGCUGGUGCACGACCACCAGGCCUACGCGCACUACCUGCUGGCGUCGUUCCCGCGCCGCGCGCUCGCGCCGCCCAGCGCCGGCUUCCGCUGCUGCGCCGCGCCGGGCCCGCACGUGGCGCUGGCCGUGCGCUACAACCGCGUGCGCGUCCUGCGCCGCAUCCUGCGCACCGUGCGCGACCUGCCGGCCGACGAGCGCGCGCGCCUGCUGGACCGCCGGGGCUGCGGCCGCGUGGAGGGCGGCGGGACGGCGCUGCACGUGGCCUGCGAGCUGGCGCGCCCCGAGUGCCUCUUCCUGCUGCUCGGCCACGGCGCCUCGCCGGGCCUGCGCGACGGCAACGGCCUCACGCCGCUCGAGGUGCUGCUGUGCCAGCUGGGCCGCGACGCGGGGGACCCGGCCGCCCCGGCGCCCCCCGCCGCGGCCCCCGGCGCCCCCGCCGAGCCCCGCCAGCGCCGCCUGCAGCUGCUCGAGCUGCUGGUGCUGUACACGCCCGCGAGCGCCGCCGCCCCGGCCCGCCGCGAGCUGCUGGGCGACCGGCCGCGCUGGCAGCGGCUGCUGGGCGAGGACAAGUUCCAGUGGCUGGCCGGCCUGGCGCCGCCGUCGCUCUUCACGCGCGCCAUGCAGGUGCUGGUCACCGCCAUCGCCCCCGGCCGCUUCCCCGAGGCCCUCGACGAGCUGCCGCUGCCGCCCUUCCUGCAGCCCCUGGACCUCCUGGGCAAGGGCUAGCCGGGCAGGACUGGUUUCCGAGCGCUGUACCUGGCACUUUACAUACACGGAUGUCUGUCCUGCA